AUGUCGAGACGAGCGCCGAGAGGAGAAUACAUCGAGACCGACACCGGCAACAAGGUGGCUCGCAAAGCUACCCUGGUCGGCACCCAGAACAUCAUGCUCGGCGGCAAGACCGUCAUCCAGCAGGAGGUCAUGAUCCGCGGCGACCUCGCGCGAACCGCCAGCAGCUCCAGCGGGGGCGCCCCGGCAAACAACACCGCCGUCGCAAUUGGCAGGUACUGCUUCCUCAGCAGAGGCAGCUGUCUGCGCCCUCCAGGGCGCAUGUACAAGGGUAUCUUCACCUACAUGCCUCUCCGCAUGGGCGACCACGUCUUUGUCGGGCAGAACACCGUCGUCCAGGCUGCCAGUGUCGGCUCCCACAUAUACAUAGGCAACGACGCGGUCGUCGGCGAGUUCGCCAUCAUCAAGGACUACGUGCGCAUCCUCGACGGCUCCGUUGUCCCACCCAACAUGGUCAUUCCGAGCUUCAGCAUUGUCGCCGGCCAGCCGGCCAGGGUCAUCGGCGAGAUCCCCGAGGGCGGUCAGGAGCAGUUCGAACUGAGGGAGCUAUACAAGACCGUCGGGAACAACCCACAGCCUCCUGCAUGA